CGUUCAGAAAUGAAAGUAAAAGUACUCAGUCGUAAUGCUUCAGAUUAUGUUCGUGAAACUUCUCAAGACAUUCAUAAAAUCAAAAGAAACCUAGAUCCUAAACUGCAUCCUUUUGAAAAAGCACGUGAAUAUACAAGAGCACUUAAUGCUGUCAAAUUGGAACGCCUGUUUGCUAAACCUUUUGUGGGUGCUUUGAGUGGUCAUGUAGACGGUGUCUAUUGCAUGGCUAAACAUCCUCUGAAUUUAACCACAAUCAUAUCCGGUAGUGGUGACGGAGAAUUGAGAAUAUGGAAUCUAUCCGAACAAACAACUACUUGGAAAAUAUCCGGACACAAGGGCAUUGUCAAAGGUGUUUGUUGCAGUCCAACAAAAAGUAAUUUUUAUUAUUCUUGCGGGACAGAUAAAACUGUAAAAAUUUGGAAUCCUAAUGAGCUUAACGAUGAGCCAAUAAACACGUUUAUUGGGAAGUCUGCUUUCAGUGCGAUUGAUCAUCAUCGUUCUGAUUUAAUAUUUGCUACCUCUGGUUCGCAGGUUGAUAUUUGGGAUGAAAAUAGAUCGAAUCCUAUUAAAUCGUUUACUUGGGGAGCAGAUACAAUACACGCUGUUAAAUUUAAUCAAAUUGAAUCAAGUAUUCUUGGGAGUUGUGGUACGGACCGAUCAAUUGCUCUUUAUGAUCUUCGAAUGAAUUCCCCUUUGGCAAAAUUAAUUUUACAGAUGAAGACAAAUGCUAUUUCAUGGAAUCCGAUGGAAGCAUUUAACUUUACGGCGGCAAAUGAAGAUCAUAAUUGCUAUACAUUCGAUAUGCGUAAAAUGGAUUGUUCUUUGAAUGUACUUAAGGGACAUGUCUCAGCAGUAUUGGACUUGGAUUAUUCACCAACAGGUGAAGAAAUAGUUACAGGCGCAUAUGAUAGAACUCUUCGUAUUUUUCAUUCACGAAAAGGACAUAGUCGUGAUAUUUACCAUACUAAACGGAUGCAAAGAAUUUUCUGUGUGAAAUAUAGUAUGGAUUCAAAAUAUUUGCUUUCAGGUUCGGAUGACGGAAACGUUCGACUUUGGAAAGCAAAUGCAUCAGAGAAAAUUGGCCCGAAAGACUAUAGAGAACGAGCGCAUUUAGAAUAUGCGGAAAAACUUAAAGAUCGAUAUAAAAAUUUACCAGAAAUUAAAAGAAUAUCCAGGCACCGACCUAUACCCAAGGCAAUUAAAAAUGCACAGAGUACAAAACUUAUUAUGUUACAAUCUCAACGUCGGAAAGAAGAGAAUUUGCGCAGGCAUUCUAAAAAGGAUUCUGUACCAUAUAAAGCCGAGAGGAAGAAAAAAUUUUUAAUUGUUCCGAUAAGUGAAAUUAGUAUUGUGGCAUUUCUGCAAAUAAUUAUUUGA